GCCAAUCGCCGUCGAGGGACGUGGAUGCGCGUCCUGAGGGGAAAAAGCCAAGGCAGAGAUGGCGGCCACGGGGGCGAGCGGUGCGGCCGGCGAAGCCGACGAGCUCUUCGACGUGCGGAACAACUUCUACAUCGGGGCCUCGCAGGCCGCCAUCAACGAGGCGCAGCGCGUGAAGGCCUCCAGCCCCGAGAAAGAAGUCGAGAGAGACGUUUUCCUCUUCCGCGCUUACAUUGCUCAGCGGAAAUAUGGGGUGGUGCUGGACGAAAUCAAGCCGAACUCCUGCCCCGAACUCCAAGCCGUGCGGAUGUUUGCGGAAUACCUCUCCAAUGAGAGCAAAAGGGACGCCAUUGUGGCGGAGCUGGAUAAGAAAAUGGCCAAGAGCGUGGACAUCGCCAACACAACUUUCCUUCUGAUGGCGGCCUCCGUGUAUUUCCACGACCAGAACCCGGACGCCGCACUUCGGGCCUUACACCAAGGAGAGAACCUGGAGUGCAUGGCGAUGACCAUCCAGGUCCUGUUGAAACUGGAUCGUCUGGAUUUGGCUCGGAAGGAGCUAAAGAAGAUGCAGGAGCAAGACGAGGAUGCCACCUUGACCCAGUUGGCUACCGCAUGGGUCAACCUCGCGAUGGGCGGGGAGAAGCUUCAGGACGCCUACUACAUCUUCCAGGAGAUGUCCGAGAAGUGGUCGCCCACCCUGUUGCUGCUGAACGGCCAGGCCGCCUGCUACAUGGCCCAGGGCAAGUGGGACGAGGCCGAGGGGGUGCUCCAGGAAGCCCUGGACAAGGACAGCAGCCACCCUGAGACCCUGAUCAACUUCGUGGUUCUCUCCCAACAUCUCGGGAAACCCCCUGAGGUCACCAACCGCUACCUGUCGCAACUAAAAGAUGCCCAUCGAAACCACCCCUUUGUCAAGGAAUACCAGGCCAAGGAGAAUGAUUUUGACCGCCUGGCUUUGCAAUACGCUCCUUGCGCCUGAGCCUUUCUCUGUGGCCUAUGGAUCUCUCUUUUUGCUGUGGACGAUCGGAUCUGAUGUCCCGGAAAGAAGACAACAUGGGAUUCCUUCCUUCCUUCCUGCCCGCCAACCAUCUCUCCAGUAUAUAUUUUUGCCUUUUUGUUAACGCAAACACAAGCCGAAGGGGAUUCCCGGUUCCUGACAAUAAACAUCCCAUUAGGUUUA